CAGCGGCGUCCCGUCCCCCGCUCCUCCCCUCCCUCCCCGCAUCUCACCUCCCGAUAAGAAGACGGAAGCUCCCUCCAGUCCUCUUCCUCUUCCUUCCCGCACCUCCCGCCGCUUCGGCUCCUCUCCUCGGCGGGAACCUGCGAGCUCCGAUUCGAGUACUUCCCCGCGCCGCAGGAGGCCGCGCGCGAGCUGAUCGCGCUGAGUCGAGGAGAGGAGAGUCGCGCGGAGCUGCUACCCACCGCCGCCGCCGCGGGGGGCAGAGAGAGAGGAGGAGGAGCCGUGUCUAUCCCGCCCCGCGCCGGACCGAUGGACUCGGAGCACUGGAUCUCGCGCCUGGCCGCCGCGAAGCGCUUCUACGCGGCGCAGCUCGGCCACAGCGAUCGGGCGGGGAUGGAGGAGCUGGACAUGGACGAGGAGGUGAGGCCCGAGUUCGCGUGCCCCUACUGCUACGAGGACCACGACGUCGCCUCCCUCUGCGCGCACCUCGAGGAGGAGCACCCGUUCGAGCCCCACGCCGCGGCUUGUCCUGUUUGCUCUGAGAUGGUUACAAGGGAUAUGGUUAACCAUAUUACUAUGCAACAUGGAUACUUGUUCAAGAAUCGUCGCCGGUUGCGCGGAUUUGUUAUUCCAAGCAGCCAAGCCCUUUCUUUGCUGAGCCGAGAUCUACGGGAAGCCCAUUUGCAGGUGCUUCUAGGAGGUGGGCAUAGGUCAAGCAACAAUAACACCACGACAAAUAUCUCAGCUGACCCUCUUCUAUCAUCGUUCGGCCUUAGCUUCCCAACAUCAGAUGCAGAGCAAACAUCAAAGUCAACUAUUUCUGCUCCUGAUGAUGCUACCAUGAUAAAAGAGACUGCUCAGGCACGGAAGUUAAGUAUCGAUUCAUCCCUCACAAGUGAAGAAAGGGAGCAGAAACGGAAGCAAGCCAGCGUCAGAGCAACUUUUGUGCAGGAUCUGCUGCUCUCUAGUCUAUUUGGGGACUAAUAUCAGGACGAGCUAAAGUUAUGGCUGGAAGGGUGCUUUCCUGGCGCAGAGCUGCAUAUACUAGCGUGCUCCACCCAAGUUGCUGAACGUAAUAUCAACACAACAGGAGCGCUUCCCGGGUGCUAUCCUUCAUCUCUUCCAGUAAGGUGCAGAGUCGAUGUGGGCAUGAUGUAUCUUCUAAGUUAUGUAGCUGUCUCUAUCUCCGGUUCCAUCACAUUCCGUGAUCGGCAUGUGGUAUGCAUGUAAGUUGCGGCUGUACUUGUACCGCGUCUGUGUCUGAACUAUGAAGCAUUGGUUGGUUGUACCAUCAUAAUAAUUAUGCUAUGCAACAGCGGAUUGCACUGCAAUGCAGUCUGGAGGAGCAAUAAACGCGAUGCAAAACUGUCUAGAUUUA